AUGUCCGUUGCUGAAUCAGUUAGGAAUAAACUUAAACAACCUAAAGUUGCUAGGUAUCGUGCAGGUCAAGUACCAGCAUAUGCAAGGAAGGAGUUUGAAGAGAAUGAGAUAAAGAAGAAGGAACAAGAGUUACAAAAGAUAAUAGAACAGGAAUCUUCUUCUGAUCCAAGAUUGAAUAGGCUGAGGCAGGCUUCAACUACUACAUCAACUACAUCAACAACAUCAACAACAACAUCAACUAGGCGACAAGACAAUGGAAAUGGAGGAGAGAAUGAGGGAUCACAGAUACAUGAUAGACGACAGAGGUUGGCAACAACACAAGCACAAGAACAGAAUAGUGAAGAAAAGGUUACUGAACAUGUUAGAAGACGUGUUCAAAGGACUGAGGUCAUAAGCGUGAAGAAAGAAGAUUCGUCAUCGCAAGUUGGUGAUGGCGGUGAUGAAGAUGAUGUUGAACAACGAAGGAGGAGAGCAAGAGAGAGAUAUGAACAACAACAGAAAGAGGAAGAAAAGAAUGUGAUCAAACAAGAGGACCAAGAUGACGAAGAUGAGGAGGACGAUGAAGAUGAAGAUGGAAGUAGUGAGGAAGAGAGCAGCGAGGAGGAGGAGGACUGGGGCAGAAGACCUGUGUUCAGGCCCGUGUUUGUAAAGAAGGACGAGAGAGGUACGAUAAAGACAGAGGAGCAGCUUAUAAAGGAGGAAGAAGACUGGGAGAUGAAGCAACAGUUGGAGAAGGAACAGAGGAAACAGGAGGCCCACAGGAAGUUGAAGGAUGAGCUCGAGCGCGACUUGAAGGAGCAGCAGGCAGAGGACUUGGAGAAGCAGGACGAUGAUGACGACGACGAUCAGGUGGACGAGAAGCAACGCUACGACGAAUGGGUUGCGCGUGAGAUUGAUCGUCUAAAGAACGACAUCCGGUCAAAGCUGGUGUUGGAGCGCGAUGAGGCCGAGAAGGAGAGGAGGAGCAAGAUGACCGAUCGCGAGAUCGAGUUGGAGGAUGCCGAGAAGCUGAAACGCGAGCCAAAGAAGAAGCUCAAGUUCAUGCAGCGCGACUACCACCGUGGCGCCUUCUUCCAGGACGACGAAUACAUCAAGAACAAGGACUUCACCGGCGCCACUGGCGAGGACAAGUUCAACUACGAGCUGCUGCCCAAGAUCAUGCAGGUCAAGAACUUUGGCAAGGCAGGUCGAUCCAAGUACACCCAUCUCGCCGACCAAGACACAUCAGCGCGCGAUAGUCUGUGGAAUCAGAACAAGGCAUUCGUCAAGAAGACUAUGACACAAUGGCUGGACGACGUUAACUCAACACAUAAACAUGAUAAGGAGUGA